CCACCAUCAGCACCAGCCAGCAUUCAGCAGCAGUAGCCGCGACGUGGCUGAAGGGGUUUUCGGGAUUCCGAUGUGAUAAGUUCGCCGUGGAGUGUCGUGUUGAUCGUCGCCAAUCGGCCCGCGUUAUUUUCGCACGUGCCUGGUGCGGGUGCUUCGCGCUUCACCCCGACGAAAAACUGGCCUGACACUCGACGUAGUGGCGAACUUUUCGAAGUUCUCGUCGGGCGCAUUGAGAUCGGGUUUCUGUUUCUCAUACUCGGAGUUCCGCAGGUGCGCGAUUUUCGAUUCUUCUUCUUCUUCUUCGAAGAGGAUCCGACGAAGGAUCUUGUCGUAAGUUCGCGCGUGAUCAGCCGGGACAAGUUGCAGCACGAGUUUUUUGCUUUCUUCGUUCUUGUCCUUCGGAACGAUUGUCGCUCCGAGGGCAAAAAGAAGUUCGGGAUCGGUUCAUUGGUCGGAGAGCAAAAUAGCGCACGAGUGCUUCAGCGGCGAUCUAUUCUGGCACGGUGGAAACAACGGUGAUUUUCUACGCGAUUUUGUAAUUCGACGAGAGGACCGUCGCAAAAGUGUAGUGAAACAAAUGUUUCAUGAACAUCCGGACAUCGCACUGGUAGCAUCGUCGACACGUCGAUAGUUGCGGCGCGGUCGGGGUUCAAAGGUGGUUCAAAGAUCGUCGACGAUAUGUCCUCGGAAAUCCACGGACUUCCGUGAAAAAAUUAGCUUCGGAACUUAAAGUGAAUAUCGACGGAAAAAUGGCGGACCGACAGAGAAGGAGUCGAUACCUGACCAUCAGUAUACUGCAUAUUAUCACAAUAAUGUGCCAAGCGCUUUCCGAUCCGCCAAUAUUUGCCGAACCGAUACCAAAUGUCACAGUGGCGCUGGGAAGGGACGUCAGCCUACCCUGUGUCAUCGAAAAUCUCGGAACUUACAAGGUGGCGUGGAUCCAUGUCGGUCGUCAAAUGUUGCUCACUAUUCACAAGCAUGUGGUUGUGAAAGUACCCAGGUUUUCCGUGUCGCAUGACAAUCAGAAAACAUGGCUGCUUCAUAUUAAUAGUGUGCAACAGGAUGAUCGGGGAUAUUAUAUGUGCCAAGUAAAUACCAAUCCAAUGAUAAGCCAAGUGGGUUUUCUUCAAGUCGUUGUGCCACCGAAUAUAUUGGAUUCCCUUUCUACGGAGAGCACCGUGGCAGUUCGAGAACAUCAGAACAUUACUCUCACAUGCAAGGCCGACGGAUAUCCGCCGCCGAAAUUAAUGUGGAAGCGAGAAGAUGGUCAAGUAAUAAGCAUCAACAAACAUCACAAAGUGACCCUGUAUGAUGGUGAGCAAUUAAACUUGACGAGGAUUACACGCAGCGAAAUGGGCGCUUAUCUCUGCAUCGCGACCAAUGGUGUGCCGCCAACGGUCAGCAAGAGGAUCACCGUGGAUGUCGAAUUUUCUCCAAUGAUCUUCGUGCCGAAUCAGCUUGUCGGUGCGCCAACUGGCACCAACGUAACGAUCGACUGUCACACAGAAGCUUAUCCCCGUGCCAUGAGCUACUGGUUUCUGGGAGACGAGAUGAUUCUCUCCAACGAGAAGUACACCACGAAUAUCAUGGAGAACAGCUACCGCGCGCACAUGAGACUCACCAUCAGAAACCUGACAGCGAGUGACUUCGGUAGCUACCGGUGCAUUAGCAAAAACUCGCUGGGCGAGACGGAGGGAUCCAUCAGAUUAUACCCUAUUCCGAAGCCAUCGGCGGCACCGAAGGCGACGGAGAUCAAGAGCAGCGCCAACAAUGAAGGACGACCGAGCACGCCACCGCCAGCAAAAAGGCUGACCACCGUGUGGCCCUCGUCGUACAACCCCUACUAUCCGAAAAGGACAGAGAGACCACCUCAGCAGAGUGAGGAGAGGGUCGAGAGGCCCGAGCAGAAGCUACGUGGUGGCGAAAGUACAGGAAGCGCAUACAUCAUCAGAUGGAGUGCGCCGCAGUUGAUGGUCGUGGCGGUGCAGUACAUUCUCACGGGGCCCUACAUGCCCCCGUACGUACCGCAGACAGCGAAUUAAGACGUCCGUCGCAAGGAAAAGGAACCGCCGUCUUCGCGCCGUUCACCCGCGAGGAAAAGGGGUCGUCGUCGACGACGCGCGAGGAGAGGGACCGGGGGGGAACGCUGGUUCCCGAAAAUAUAUCGUCGCGUAUCUUUCGCGGGAAGCGCGCUUUUUGCGGAGCCGCGUCGAGCGCACGGAUUAUGGAGCACUGAUGGACAGGAAAUGUGCUCGCGAACUCUGGUAACGGGUAACUGGUCAACGGGUAACUGGUUUACGACCGACGGACAUUAAUCUAUCCCGAUCUGAAAUGGAUUCCGAUUUUGCUUUACCGCUCGUCGAUCGAAUUGGCCGAUCGUCGCGAAUCGGAUUGAGAGAUUUUCACAACGACAGCGAAGUAUUAAAUAAUUUUAUUCUUAUUAAACGGAGAUUUCCUCUCGCAGAUGAUACGCUGAAAUAUCCUGGCUGUGCUCGAUAAAGUCCGUUCUUCGUUAUGGACGUCGUAUAAUUCUUUAUGAAAUCGUUUUCACGCGCGGGAUCGAUAAGCUACUGUGCUCCGUACUCGGUCUCAGCUACAGCAGAGUUUAAAAUUUAAACGGACAGCUAGAAAGAGCGCCGGGGCGAUGCCGAUAUAUAUUAAUCGAUAAGCCGCGAUACCAAUAAGUCCUAACUAUUAAUGUAUCGCGACGCACCGCGGAUACACUUGAAAGUAUAUUCGAGAUAAUUUUAAACAAAGCUGAGAUAAUAUUCGAAUAAAUUUCACUUAUUGAGUUGUAUAACGCCAUAUCUUCCCUGACAGCUCUUUUGUGAUUCCACGAAAUACUUUUUUAUAUGAUUAAUAUACAGUACUAUACGUGCGUCACAUGUGAUACAAUUCGAAGACCGUGGAGGUUGCUUUAACCAUUUGCUUUAAUAUCUGGUUUUUAAGACAUGCUACGAGACUGUGUCGAAUAAAAUUAGAUAAAUAUUUUUUUCUAUCUAUACUCAAGGAUCGUUGUUCCGUAAUGUAAAAAUAAAAGAAGGAUAAUAAACUUAGUGAUCAAACAAAAGAAUUGUACGUUUCCUCGACGUGUGUGGAUUUACGUGUAAAUACGACGCAUCUCGAGACCAAUGAGGGGUCGUCCGAGAGAUCUCUCCAGAGAACUGAGGGGAAUUUGAUUAAUGCCUCGGCACGUGAAAAAUAGCGGGGGCGUGAUCACGACUCUUCGCAAGCGCGACAAUGACAUAAGAGUCAUCGAGAAUUUUUCAUGGACCGUGAAAAAAAAAACCUAUCGGUAAUCCCACAUGCCUUUGACAAAAAUUCACUAAAAACUCUAAUAAAAUUAUAACUGAAUUACGAGGUGAAAUCCCGCGCGUCAGAAUUGAAAUAUAUCUCAAUCGCGCUGCGUACGCCCGAAUAAAUAUGUAGAUGUCACGCAUUACAAUGCGUGGCCUAAAAACACACACAGACAUUUUAUAAAAGCGGACUUUUUUACGGUAACACAAAUGACAAGAAGGGGUGCGCUGCUUUUGCGCGAAUUUUAUUGCGCGCAGGUUGUCAGUUAUAUGGACCAAAAUUAAAUUUAUUGCAGAUCAGGGAACAUUAUUGUCCGAUAAAAUUUAUAUCAACUUUUGAAUGUCCGAUCCGUCGUGGCGACAUAUUAUUGCCUCGUGAAAAUUUACGAAUACCCUAUAUUCAUUAAAUGUCCUCUUCGUUUAAUUAAGUGCACGUAUAUAUGUAUUUUGUGCCGUUAAAACGCUAUUGGCAAUUUUUAAUUAUCACGUACGUCGGAACGGUUAUUAUUCGCCAAUUAAAUGUUCUAUGAAACUCUUUCGUUCUCAACGUCAAUAUAUCCGUAACGAUUUCCACUGCCGUCACUUAAUACAGAUGCCGCGUACAGGACUGAUUCCGAUAAAAAUUACAACGUAAGAUAACUCUGGCGUGUAUAAACUUUGAAGGGACUGAAAUUGCAAGUCGCGAUUUAUAUGAUUCCUUUUGAUUACCUGAAAAUUAUGAGUCUCAUCUGGCCGCCGUAACUGUAUGCGCUCGUUAACGAAACGAUCUCGAUUAUUGGUACAGUAGAAUCGUUUUAUGCAAUUACAAACGCGCUCGAAGCGCACGAUUUCUAUCGCAGGAACAAUAGGUCGGAAUUGAAUUAAUAUACGAGUGCGAAAUUAAAUUACACUUUAUGUAUAAAGAAAUGAAUGUGUGAAGCGCGUAGUAGCAUUUCUCUCCGGCGGAAAGUCUCCGCGGCAGUUAAUUGCCUUCCGCUCUUCCCAUUCAUUACUCUUUACACGCGCCAUUGUACAUAUCAAAAUCUCAGUGUUCUGCCAAUACUUUAUGCUAAUUGUUAUAUUAGCUAUCGUUAUUAGCUCUUUUACGCCAGAGCCAUUUAAGAUUAAAAUUUUAUAUUUAAUAUACGUUUUCAGGUAAAUUUUGAUUAUGCAUAUAGUGAAUUUGUUCACUUGACAAUUAUGUCUGAAGCAGUUAUAAAUUACAAUAUUUUCUGAACAGACGCCGUUAAUUACGUUCACAUUUAAAUGGAACAUAAUAAGUUUAAGACGAGAUUGAUACACAUGAGAAAUAUUAUUUCGGCCGGAAAUUUCGCACCGAACCUCGUGUUAGUUUAAAACCGGAAACUCCGGCUGUGUAUGGCCGACGGAUGCCUUCACGGAAAAACGGAAUGUGAAUAGUGAAGCUGCACGAUCCUGAUGGUAUUUUAACAGAAUACUGAACGUUCGUGUUCCUGACUCUUGAUUCCCAAGAUAAAAAAAAAAGAAGCCUUUUCCUGCUAAUAAAUGUGAACAGCGGCAUAUUUCUUUCUUUGGGAAAUUACUGCAGUAUAAUAUAAUCCUCGUUGUCGAAUGGACCAUCGAUCUCUCUUCCGAAGAGCACAUUCCGAUCUUUCUUUCUCAACACUAGCCCUCUCCUCUCUCUUGGCUUCAGUAACAGGACGCCUGGAUUCGCCUCGUAGAGAUCAUCUAUCUGGAUAUCGAAACACCUUGACCACCCCUUUAUCUCGAUCCCUCGCCGGAAAUGUAUGCGCGCGAAACUCACGCGCAUCGCGACGCCGGAAUAUACAAUACCGCAAUAUAAUUGUACAGCGGCCCCGUCGGAGGUAUCAUUCCGUAAUCUAUGUAGUCCCGGUCGAAUGGGGGAUUAUGUUAAGCGAUGCGUGAGCGCGGCCACAGUCCACGGCAAUCCAGGCGUAACAGAGAUACUGCUCGGUGACGUCGUUACACUUGCACACACGUGCGCGCGCGCGCGUUCCCCCGCUUAUGUACGCACUCCGCGAUUAUGUAUCGCACACCUAAGCGCAUAUACGUAUAUACGACCGAUGCAUUGUAUAUUUGUAUAUCGUGAGCGAUACGCGCGCGCGAAGCAUUACCGCGAGCACGGCGGCGAUCGCGGUCUAUAGGGAGACAUACCCCAGGGGGGUGAAUCUGUCCAGAUCUACCAAUGAAACUUGAGUUUGAGACCCGUGGCUGCCACAAGUGACCGCUUUGAUCGAGAGUGCACUCGCCGAUUUAUUAAGAUUGUCAAAAGACGUUUCACUCUUCGAGUUCCAAAGUUUCUCAAAGGAAAGUUAUCAUUUAAGCGCGGGAUUAGUUUCGCGAAAAAAAAAGUCGAUCUAUUUCGAACUGAACGAGAAAUGGCUUUUCAUUAGUUAUCUUGGCUUGCGACACUUAACUCACUGAUUCUUCAUUUUGAAUGACUUUAUGGGUUAAAGGUUGAAGAUCAUUUUACCGUCUCAAUAUUAAAAGAAAUUUGAAUCCAGGUCAUCACUAAAAUAUAACUUCAUAAUUAAUAACGGGUAUAUUCUUCAAAAGUAAUUAAAGUUUUAAAAUAGUAUUAACUCGAAAUUUCAGAAAAUGAUCGCCCGCCCCUGGAGAUGGCUAAAUUAAUCACGAAGAUGCGAUAUUCUGAUAAAUAAGCAGAAAAUACGAUGGUUUACCGAUACAUCAAUACGUUUGCCACAGCGAUUGUCAACAAGCGCGCACCGUGUAUGCAUUCCGAAUACGCGUUUUUGGAGCGGUGUAUUACGGUUCACGAAACGACAAUCCUGACGCACAUACCGCGCGUUUCGUCGCGCGAACGAGGUUGGAUAUUGUUAAACACGAUUUUUUUUUCCCCACGAACAAUUCACGACGCGAACGGUCCAUUUUGCGUUAGUGAGUCGCGUGUGUCCGUGUGUUUCGCCCCACGUGGAUGUAUAUACCGUUGAGAUUUAUUUUUUUUAGCGUGUAAAAAGUUAAUUGCCGUUAAAACGCGAUGCCUUCAUUUGCACACUCAUUUACUUUUUAUGGAGGAUAAAUCGUCGACUAGCACUUUACAAAUUAUGACCUAAUUCAACCCGGAAGUUUUAAUAAUCUCCCUUCGAACAGACAUGCAUCAUUUGAUAAAGUUGUUUCAAUCAUGAAUGCUUUUAAAGAUUGUAUAUUUAUAUAUGGAAAUUUUAUUUUAUGUCUCUUUUUUUGAUUUUUUAAAUAUAUAAAUAGUAAGUAAUACAUAUACAUAUAUAUAUAAUACUAUAUCUCGUUUUAUAGAAAAGCAACGCCCUCAAAUCUAAGACCAUCUUACAUUUGCGUUAUGGAUCUGCUUAAAUUUAAAGCGGGGUAUAUUUUACGAGGCUGUUAAGUAUUAAAUCGGAAAGCUUGGUACGCUUUCCGUUUCGAACGGAAUUUAUGUCCGUAUUCAUUAUAGCAACAGUAAAAAGACGCUCCUUUAAAGAGUCUCGCCCGACGAAGAAGCGGCAGCAAUAAAAUCCCGGGGCUGUGCGAUCAUUUUCUAAAAGCUGCUGCGUAUACGGAUUUUUCUCUAAAGAGCCUACUGUGCUCGAUGAAAACCGUAAAGAAUUCGAAAUAUAAAAGAAAUCGAGAAAAAUGCAUCGGGGUAUUUUUACGCAUAAAAUACGUUACGCAUAAAAUAUCAAUAUCUAAUUAUAUUUGCAAUCCUAAAGCGUUUCUUGUAAUCAUAUUAUACCUAAAAUAGAUUCCAAGAAAAGUACAGAGUGAAUAUGAAAAUACAAAUCUCACGAAGAACAUGGAAUGAAAUGAAUCAAUUUACCCUAGAUUCGAGUGAAAGUUAUUAUCAGCUGUGACUUAAUUAAAUUUUAUUACGAUUUAAUUAAUUACAAUUUAAGAUUAUACGUUAGAUAUUUAAGUAAUCGGAAUUAUAAUUAUAUUUUAAUUUAAGU